AUGCCGGACUUCAAAGGACUGGACCUUAGUGGAAAGACUGCCAUCGUCACGGGCUCCUCCAGAGGAAUCGGCGCUGGUAUCGCUCUGCAACUCGCCAAAAGAGGCGCCAAUGUCGUCGUCAACUACACCAGCACCAACAGCCGUAGCCGCGCCGAGAAAGUCGUUAAUGACAUCCAAGCGACAGGACGCAAGGCGGCUCUCUGCCAGGCCGACCUAACCAAACUCCCAGAGUUGAAGAAGCUCGUCAAUGCCGCUCUGCAGAUAAGCGAGACUGGAAAGAUCGAGAUUCUCGUCCACAAUGCUGCUCUCGGAGUCGACGCCAACCUCGACCAGGUCACCGAGGAGAUAUACACCACGCACUUCGAUACCAACGUUAAAGCACCUAUCUUCCUCACCCAGGCGGUAAUCCCCCAUAUCCCCCGAGGCGGACGUAUCGUCUUUGUUUCCUCUGCAGCUGCCCGACUCGGCGUGGCUGGCCAGACCGUAUACGGCGCAACAAAGGCCGCCAAUGAAUCCCUUGCCCGGGUUUGGGCAAAGGAGCUGGGGCAGUCGCAUGGUAUCACUGUGAACUGCGUGAAUCCCGGCCCUGUUGCAACAGAUCAGUGGGCAGAAAGCGACGAGCAGUUCAGGAGCGAUAUGCAGCCGCUGAUUGAAUCUACGCCUGCAGCAGCGAGGAUUGCGGAGGUGGAUGAUAUUGCGCCUUUGGUUGCGUUUUUGUGUACGGACGACUCGCGGUGGACGACUGGCUCGGUGUUGUCUGCCAACGGGGGCUUGUAUAAUUAA